AUGAUAACAAGUGAGAUAAAACUUAACGCACAAAUACAGAUCAAUAACGGUAAAAUGAUAUUUAACUCAAUUGAUGAUUUUUCGGAUGCGAGAAUUAUUGAACAGAUUAAAACUAACAAUAUCGAUACAAUUAAUAUCGAAAACAAUAUCAAUGAAAUAAAAUACUUUUUGGGAAUAGAGUUCAUCAAAAACGUUAAUAUUAAUUCAGAUCAAACUGUGACUCUCUCUGAUUCACUAUUCUAUGGAUCAAGAAAUAUAGAAACAAUAAUUUGUACAAAUAAUAUUGUUGUUGGUCCAAAGUGUUUUGAACAAUCUACAAUAAGAAACAUAGAUUUCACAAAAAUAACGGAAAUAGGUGAAGAUGCAUUUAAAAACUGUUUUAAUAUAAAGAGUGCUAAUCUAAAAUCAUUGAUAAGUAUAGGUAAUUCUGCAUUUGCUUCAAGUGGAUUAGAAUCUGUGAUCAUUCCUUCAACAAUAUCAAAAAUUCCUGAUCAUUGUUUCUAUCAAUGUCCAAAUCUAACAAAUGUUGAAUUCAAAGGUCCUGUUGAUAUUUAUCAAUAUGCAUUCGCAGAUUGUUUUCAAUUGUCAAAUGUUGUUCCUGGAUUUGAACAAAUUUCUCAUAUCAAACAUUAUGGAUUCAGAGGAUGUUCAGUUCAUAAACUAAAAUCCAACGACUGUGAACUUGGUGGUGGUGUUUUCCAAAAUUCACACGUCGAAAGUAUUGAUGCAACGAAUCUUAAGAUUGCAUCUAAAGAUUUCCGAGGUUGUCGAAAUCUUGUUUAUGUCAACAUCACAGGAACACUCGAAAUUAUUGACGGACCUCCUCCAGAAGUUCCUUAUUACUAUGAAAUGUGA